GAAAUUACUCAUCUUAAGAAAUACAAUUAACAAACCGCAUUCGCGCGUUCCCAGAAAAUGGAUGCUAUUGCAAUCGAUUGUACGGCCUGGAGUUCAGGGGUCACUCGUGAACAGCGCUGUGGAAGUAGACGGUUCUAAAAUCAACUGCUUGUUUACAAUGUUUAUCUUCAUCUUUACCGAUUUACUCAUGAGCUACAUUAAAAACUGUUUACCCAGUUAAUAAAUCUGUAUACCUUUUCGCUAUUCUCUCUUCUUACGUCCAGAAUUAAACCUGACCAAACGGCAAACUGAUAAGUUGUUAGCCAUUAAGACUUCUUUUAGUUUACUGAUUAGGUGUUAUAAAGAGAAGCGUUUCAACUGCUGGUAAAAAUAUAGAGGAUAUACUACCAAAAUGCAGGAAUUAAUCUCGUGUGUCGAUCAUAUCAAGUUUGAUCUAGAAAUCGCAGUAGAACAACAAUUAGGCGCUCAGCCAUUGCCAUUUCCAGGAAUGGAUAAAUCUGGCGCCGCUGUGUGCGAGUUCUUCAUGAGAGCUGCCUGUAUGAAAGGUGGGAUGUGUCCUUUCAGACACAUCAGUGGAGAAAAGUCUGUGGUGUGCAAACACUGGCUUAGAGGUUUAUGCAAGAAAGGAGACCAAUGUGAAUUUUUACAUGAGUAUGAUAUGACAAAGAUGCCUGAAUGUUAUUUCUACUCUAAAUUUGGGGAGUGCAGUAAUAAAGAGUGUCCAUUUUUGCACAUUGACCCAGAAUCUAAGAUUAAAGAUUGCCCAUGGUAUGAUAGGGGCUUUUGUAAGCAUGGUCCGGAUUGCAGGCACAGACACACAAGAAGAGUCAUCUGUGUAAAUUACCUUGUGGGCUUCUGUCCAGAGGGCAAGUCAUGCAAAUUUAUGCACCCAAGAUUUGAACUCCCUAUGGGUGCAACUGAACAGCCACCGUUACCACAACAGGCACAGUCUCAGCAAAAGCAGCAAAACAUGCAGCCCACAAACAGGUCAUCACAGUCACUCAUCCAGUUAACCAACACCAAUGUCAACAACAACCAGAGAAUGCCAAAUGCUGUUGGGAUAGUGCACUCUCACAACAACAUGGGUGGACCUCGCGGUCCUCGUCCACUGGAUCAAGUUACGUGUUACAAGUGCGGUGAGAAGGGCCAUUACGCAAACAAAUGCACAAAAGGACACCUGGCAUUUUUGAGUGGACAGUAAAGUUUUCUACAAAAAGGAUCUCCAAUAAAUGUGACUAUAACUUGCAAAGUGACAUAUUUCAUUCCUGGUACAUUAAAGAAAUAGUUCACCCAAAAAUUAAAAUUUGCUGAAAACUGACACCCCUUCAGGCCAUCUAGGAUGUACGAGUUUGUUUUUUCAUCAAAGCAGAUUUAGAGAAAUUUAGCAUUACAUCAGU